AUGGAGGCCCCGGAUACCAUCUCGGUCACUCUCCCGCAGAUCGCCAAACUCAUUGACUACUCUCUCCUGCACCCCACCAUGACAGACCGAGAUAUCCUCGCCGGAUUAGAGUUGGCCAAGAAAUACAAGGUUACUACGGCCUGCGUCAAGCCCUACAGCAUUCCCGUCGCGAAAGACGCACUGGCCGGGUCCGGCGUGCUGAUCUGUGCCGUCGUCGGGUUCCCCCACGGGAGCAGCACCACGCACACGAAGGUACUGGAGGCCGAGGAGGCCGUCAGCGCCGGCGCGCACGAGAUCGACAUGGUCGUCAACGUGGGCAAGGUGCUGGGCGCCGACUGGGAGUACGUCACCAACGAGAUCCGCGCCAUCAACGACACCGUGGUCAGGCACGACGCCGCGCUCAAGGUCAUCUUUGAGAACGACUUCCUCGACGACGAUCACAUCGUCUACCUCUGCAAGAUCUGCACGUCCCUCUCGGUGGCUUUCGUCAAGACGUCGACCGGGUACGGCUUUGUAAAGCAGCCCAAUGGGUUCUACACCUACCGGGGCGCCACGGUGACCCGUCUGAAGCUGAUGAAGGCGAAUGUCGGGCCCGAGGUAGGCAUCAAGGCUGCUGGUGGCAUUAGGACCUUGGACGAUUUGCUCUUUGCAAUGUCCUUGGGCGUCAACCGAAUCGGCGCAUCGGCAACAGCGUCUAUCAUGGAAGAAGCCAUCAAGCCCGGCAUCAAGAAUACACCAACAGAAGUACCGUUGGUCCCGAUGGUUGGAGAUGCCGAGGGCGGGGAAUAUUGA